AGUCUAGCGUGGAAAAUGGGUAGGAGAGCGGGGCGUCUCUCGUAUUCACAGGGUGAGUGGCAUUCUCUGGAAGAGCAGCAGCAGCAGAGCACUCAGAGGCAGAGGAAGUGCUUGCUGGAGACGGAGGAGGGUUCCGGGUUGUUGCUUAUCAGCGCACGCGGUGUUUAGUGUCCAGAUCACUGUCUAGGGGGACGACCGGCACACCAGGAGGGUGCCGUGUGUUAGACGGCCGUUAGGAUGGCUCACGUCGGAGCUUCCACUUAGUUCAGAGGCCGUGCAGGAGGGUCAGGUGUGUUCAGGCCAGCGUGGCAGGCUGGUGUAUGAUCUGGUGCAUACCCUCCAGGUGGAUGGUGUGGACUGCCUGCCUUAGGUUGAGCGUGAUCACGGAGCACAGGUAAAAACUUAAUAGCUCUUAGUUACCAGGUACCCACUUCUACCCAGGCACAUUUCCCUCAUUGGAGGACGAAACUGAGUUCUGACCAUGUCUGCAAACUACUCAGUGGCGGUUUUAUCCAGCUUCUCUGAGCAUCUUCGAAUGGAGAAGCAGGCUCAGAGCACAGUGAGCAAGGAAGGAGUCUGAGGUGACAUAGAAGCUCAUGUUCCUGAACACUGAUGAUGACAGCAGGCACACUAUUUGUAUUGUGCUUGUGCUCAGUUGCUUCAGAUUCUGUGACCCCACAGACUGUAGCCCGCCAGGCUCCUCUGUCCAUGGGAUUCUCCAGGCAAGGAUGCUCGAGUGGGUUGCCAUGCCCUCCUCCAGGGGAUCUUCCCAACCCCGGGGACUGAACCCCCUAUCUCUUAAGUUUCCUGUGUUGGCAGGUGGGUUCUUUAAGACUAGCACCACCUGGGAAGCUCCGACUCCAGAGCAGCUGUUUUUCCUGCAUCAGAACUUUCUCAGCAAGAAAGUAAGUUCCCUUCUUUUUGCUUCUGUUGCAGACACGAAGGGGCAAGAAGGAAAACGCACCAAAGCUCAGAACCUAGGGGGGGCAUCAGCCCAAGUGGAGAACUCCAGCCUCCAGAAGACUCCAGCCUCUGAAGACGGUGGGGAGGCCCUCAGCAGCUACUGGCUGAUGAAGUCAGAGCCAGACAGCCGACUGGAGAAAGGCGUGGACGUGAAGUUCAGCAUCGAGGAUCUCCAGGCACAGCCCGGGCAGACGACGUGCUGGGACGGUGUUCGCAACUACCAGGCCCGGAACUUCCUGAGGGCCAUGAGGCUGGACGAGCAGGCCUUCUUCUACCACAGCAACUGCAGAGAGCCAGGCAUCGCGGGCCUCAUGAAGAUUGUGAAGGAGGCUUACCCGGACCACACACAGUUUGAGAAAAACAAUCCCCACUAUGAUUCAUCCAGCAAAGAAGACAACCCCAAGUGGUCCAUGGUGGACGUACAGUUUGUGCGGAUGAUGAGGCGUUUCAUUCCCCUGGCUGAGCUCAGAGCCCAUCACGAAGCACACAAAGCCUCUGGCGGCCCUUUGAAAAACAUGGCUCUCUUCACUCGCCAGAGACUGUCCGUCCAGCGCCUGACCCGAGAGGGUUCUUUACCACUGGCACCACCUGGGAAGCCCAUUCUGGAUGUGAUUCAGACCUAAUUCUUCCUCUUCAUGCCCUUUUCGGCAGAGGAGUUUGAUUUUAUCCUGAGCCUGGAGGAAAAGGAACCGAGUUAAUGGAGACGCGGCUGCUGAAAUGGAUAAUGCCCCAAAGUCAAGUUACCACAAGACGAGAGGGAGUGUGGGGUUGUGAGUGGCGUGGGGCCUGGUCCUUUCUAAUAAACACCCAUGCUUAAGUUGA